AAACGCGGACUGAACCAUAGAGUUUCUCAACUGGCACGGCGCCGCGGCCCGGCGACGGCUUCCUGUGCGCGCGAGUCCGGCCUUCGCUGCAGGCAAGCGGAUGGAUGUGCGCGCAGUGGGGCAUUAUGGCCCUGCUGCUCGCCGCCUUUGCCGUCGCGCUCGCCCUCGCUUCGGCUGCGGGCCCACAACAGGUGCCACUAUGCCCGCCACCUAUGAAGAACUGCACCGGGGAGCCUGUGUGCGGCUCAGACGGGCGCACAUACCCCACGCGCUGCGACUUGGAGCGUUCCCAGUGCGAGGGGAACUAUGUGGCGCUAAGCCACACGGGGCCGUGCACCGAGCAAGCGCAAGCUGCAGCCGCAGCACGUUGCCUGCUCCAGAAACAGCAGAGCAUGCAGCAACCGGGCUCGUUCGUUCCGGAGUGCUCGCCGGACGGCGGGUUCGAACGUGUCCAGUGCCACGAGCUGACGGGAUACUGCUGGUGCGUGGACGCCCAGGGCAGGCCCCUGGCAGGAUCCUCGGUUCACCUGAAAAAGCCCAACUGCACGUCCCGGCGACAGGGUUCCUUCCAGCGUAGGGCCUCACACCAGGCGCAGGCCAAGACAGGUUGUUCAAGCGUUGAUCGCAGCCAGUUCAACCUCAACUUGGUGGGCAUCUUUCAGAAGGAGUUUGACAGGCUUCCAAAACCUCCUGCUGGCAAUGUCACAGGUCGCGUGCCCGCGGUGCUGAGGUGGAAGUUCUCCGAGCUGGACGUGGAUGGUGAUGGCUCUCUGCAGCUGCACGAGGUUCGCGACCUGCGGCGGCUGGCACGUCGCAUCGUGGAACCGCAGGCGUGUGCCCGGGGCCUCGCCCGCUACUGCGACGCCAACCGGGACCGGCUUCUGUCGCUCUCUGAGUGGCUGCACUGUCUCCAGGGGAGCCCCAUGCGUGUGGACAUGGUUUCCCUGCGCGUGUUCAUGUCGUUGAACUCAGAGGGUGGCAGCCCGGAUGCGGCAGUCGCCCUGGCUGGAUCCCUGCGGCCUGAUGGCUCGCGGCCUGUCGAGGAAGAAGACAAGGACAGCCAGGAGACACAGGAGCCAGGUGGACCGUGGUCCUUGGGGGCAGCUGAGGACUGUGGUGCUGCACGGCGACAAGCACAGGAAGCGCAACGUGACGCACCGCGGAUCUAUGUGCCUGAGUGCCAACCUGACGGCCGUACAUACGUGCCAGCACAGUGCCACGAAAGCCUCUGCUGGUGUGUGAGCGUGCGCACUGGCCGACCCUUACGGGGAACGACGUCCAUGUCCCGGCCAGACUGUGCCACAUUACUUGGCGACACUUUCAAAGGUUGUCCUUUCAGGAAGAAGCAGCUGUUUCUUGCUGCGCUUCUGCACAGCUUCGAGAGAGAGCAGCAGCAAGCAGUCACCAGCCCUCUUGGGUCGAAGACCACGGGCGAUGACGUGCUACGAUGGAAGUUCUCCACACUCGAUGUCAACCACAAUCAGGUGUUGGAGCGCAAAGAGUGGAAGCAGUUUCGACGCGGCUGGGCGAGCUUCCUCAAGAACGGUGGCAGGAAAAAGUUACGCAAGUGCUGGCGCAACUUUCUUCGCUUCUGCGACGAGAACGACGACAGCCGCAUCACUCAGGACGAGUGGUUGAAGUGUGGAAAGCCGGUGGCGGAUUCCGCAAGGCCCAGCAGCGGUGCUCGGAAGGGGCCCAAUCCUUUCUCGACCAUUCUCAUAAGUAGAUGAGGCUAAAAAUGUCAAACAGCACUCUUGGAGUUUGCCAUCAGCUCACAGUGUGGCCAUUGGGCUGAGGGCCCGACGGCCACGUGCACAGAACUGUGUGAUGUUUGCUCAUCAGUCAUUCGACCAACAAGCGUCGUACUAGACAGGAUCGCGUGUUAAUUGGAUGAUGUUGUAGGGCUACCAACAUCGGAAGCAUUCAAUUGUCGUGCUUCUGUAGUGAUGAUGGAUGUGCAAUUUCCCAGCACAGAGCAAUUUGUGGAAUUUGCAGACCGGUGUCGGGAUUGUGGUCACAAGGCGAUUUCUAUCAAAUUUCGUUAUUUUUGUGCUUCAUCGUUAGUUUUGCACCCUCGUUAGCAGCCUGAUAAGCCAUCUGGCACAACAGAUGAUAAAGAAGGAAUGCAGGGGAAUUACAUGAGUCAUUUUAUAAUUUCAUAACUUUCUCCUUUUGUGUGUGUGUUCUUUAUGAGUGGACUUGAUUUUAAUUUCUUGAAGGCUGGCUCGGUGUGACAUCACAUUCUAGAACCCCAAGAAACGCGUGAGCUAUAGUUCCACAAUACUUUUUUUAGUUGUUUACACCACAUCUUCGAAAUCAGCUCGUUUGCCGAUGAUACUCUUCUGUAUGUAGCAUCUGAGCUGCACUUUAAUGAAAUCCUGACACUUGGCCUGAUUAUUAUUUGUUGCAUGCAUCCUGCUGCAGUGCAACUCAUAGUGUAUACAUGUCAUUUUGAACAAACAUAUGCAAUCAACGCCUUAGUACCUGCACACGUCCAUUCGACGUCAUUAUUGUAUGUGCCAUCGUAUUAGCUGAAAUGAACCAGUCAAGUCGUGCAACGUGUAUUCUUCAUUGCAUUGACGGUCAACAUGCCAACUCUGUUAUGGUGGUGUAUCUUGUGUACUUACUCGUUGGUAGAGAUCACAUUCGUUGCAACUGUUUUGGCAGGAUUGCUGUUUUAUUUUGCCGCACACGUUUAUUGCAAGCUGUUUACAUGUAUACAUUGUUUGUUCACUUGAAGCCAAUGCUUGCUGGUGUAUUCACUCGAGAGACAUGUCUACGAAAAUAAGUAGCCGAGGCACUUUUGCCUCUCAGAAUGUAUUGGUGCAUUGUUUUGAUUACACCGACAUUUCUGUGAUUGUGGGUCUCAAUUUUUGAAGAUGUUCAACGUGGCGUCGUGAUGUGUAUCGCGGCUUGUUACAAACUGCGCUCCCACAAUAUUGGAUCGCAAAUGGCGAGUUAUGAACUACGAACUUUUCGCAAAUGCUGUGUAUUCUUCUAUUCUGAGACGAUGGAAAAUAGUGCUUGAGAUUCUUAAAUCAUGAAUAAGGGUUGCAUCCAAAUUUCGCCCUUGUGUGUAAAAAGUGAGAUUGUGGGAAAACGCUCAUUCUAAAUUUUUCGUUUUGAAAGUGGCCCUGAGCUUGUUCGAUGUGUCGCGAAUGUAAGUUGCCAAGUAAAAUUCGAGUGGCGGUCCUGUUUGUUUACUUGUUUGUGCUCUUGAACUAGAAAACUUUGUUCAAAAACUUGGGGUAAGCCAGACGUUGUCAGGAUGUAGUGAACGCAUUAUGCUGUUAGCAGGUUCGUUGUAUAUUUUAGCAACAACGCAAAGACACAAAGUACAAGGAAAGGAAGGCGCAACAUGAGCGUUGACUCAGGACCAAAUGGUUAUUGUUAAAAAGCAUGUUGUGUUUUCCUUUCUUUGCACUUUGUGCAUUUGAGCUGUUAGUAACAGAUGCAUCUGUACUGACUCACCCAAUUAACGACAGUUCUAACAUUUGUUAUAAGCAGUGCGAGAACAGUGAGGAUGUCUUGGGAGCAUUGGAUAAGCGCUGACCAGCGCUUGCUGGCCUCGGCAUUUGUCUUGUGUUCUAUCUUAGCAGUGAAGUGAUGCUUCACUCUUUUCACUAUUCUCCCCAUAUGCAUUCAUGUCAAUAUGUUGUCUCUUAGGUUAGCCAGCAGACUCAAGAAGUAGCCUUGCUUUUAGCCUAUUCUGGGAACAGAGAUUCUUUAGUGGCUAACAUUUUCCUUUUGCAAUAGGUCGUUGUUACUGAGAUCUCAUAGACAAAUGCAAGGAGUGCCUGUGAGAGGGAAGAGUGGCACUGUCGCAUCGUGGUUGGGAACUUUGUAUUACACACCAGCAAAACCUAAACAAUGAACUUGCAUGAUGCUGGCAAAAUCAGAAUAUUGUUUUCGAUAUGAAGCACUGUGUAAUGUGACUGACUUGAGCUUCGAUGUGUUACACAACUUGCUUUUGCAUUUGUAGCCCUGGUAAAAUGAAUUGCAGGGUUCUUGUGUGGUGUGUCGAUGAAACUAUGAUAUUCACUUGUGUAAAGCUUGACUGUAUGUCGUAUCUUUGAAUUGAAUCAGUAGUUCAAACACUUUGAACAAACAUUUUUGUUUUGCCAGGAAGGCCAGUUGAAUGUAUGCCUGCAAAAGAACAACUUGUGUUCCAAAAUAUUGUUCACUACUACGGCAAGUCAGCACUAGCUGUGGUAGUUGAAGUUACUGGUUUUGUAUCAUAACAACGAGGACAUAAAUGUGUCGGGAUAUGAGCGCAGGCCUGACUCUUGUAAGGCUCUUGCCCUGUUGGCAUUUCUAAUAUUGUGCGUGUGUCCUGUGGCAGUAAGUAUGGUAUUGUUUUUUUUUACCGCCUGUGUUUGAAUUGUCCUAUUCACUUGGACCUUAAGUAGCACUAAAAAGACAACCACAGGUAUAUGAGCACAUUUUAAUGCGGAAUUCUCGCGCAUCCUAUAAGGUGACAUUGCAUCAGAAAUAGAUCGGAUCACUUACAUAAAAUUAAAAUAAGACAGUUUCCAUAACGGCAGUAAGGUAGACAGUACCGAAACACUAGCCUGCUGAAUUUCGAGUGUUAGCUGUUUGAAUUAACUUGAACACAACACUGUGCUAGUGAAAUGUAGGCUUGCACCCACACGCAUACCAACCCUUACGUUGUUAUGUUCCCAUUGCUGGUCAUUCGGGCAAUGUCCCAUUCGCCUUACGUAAAAGUAAACCGCUUGGCAAUAUGAUGGCUACAAUGCACUACACUCAAACCACGAUAUAACGAACAUGGAUAUAACGAAUUAUCGGUUAUAACAAAGUAAAUGAAGAAUAGUCUUGUCAUAGAUACUGUGUUACAAAUAAACAUUUAUAACGAAUUUUCGGAUGUAAUGAAUAUACUUUCGUGGCAGAUAUGACUGUUAUAAUAAGGUUUGAGUGUAUUAACAUACAGCUAGCUCACUUUUGCGCUCUUUUCUCAUUCCACAGUUUGUUUCUGGCUUUUGGGUUCAUCAUCCUGCCUAGCUUUGCCACAUCAUUUGGUGCCAAAAAGACAAAUUUGAGCACUGGACACUUGUUUUGCAAUAGCUUAUAAAUUCAGGGUGUACAAAUAGUGAUUUUUGAGACCGAAUGAAAUAGUUUUCAUAUACUGAAUGGCCAUUUUCAUAAUUAAUAUAAAAUUAUGUUUGCAUCCAAGUAUUCACAAUUUUAGAGAUAAAAACACAAAUCGAUCAUCAGGAACAAAUAAGAUUCUUUGCAUGCGCAGGGAGGGCGAAUAAUUAUUGCACCACCAGUAAUGUCUGGCUACUCGAUCAAAACAGUCUGCUGCACUUCUUCAACAAUUUGGCAUUUGUUUUGGUGCCUUUGACAUUAAAACAAUUUUAAAACUAUUUUGUUAAAGCUAUCUUAUGUUAAAACUAUUUUAAAGUAGCUAUCGAAUAGCCGCUGUUCUCUUUUCUGUUGAAUUUUGGAGCAGGUUGCUUCCGUAUCAUAAUGUAAUAGUUUCUUCAGCUACAGAAACAAAAACUAUCUUAGGGCAUCUAUUCUCAGAAAAGCAACUAGUAUAUGCUGAUCGAGGCCGUUUUCAAGUAAACAGUGGUAACAUUUGUGUGGGAAUUUCUUAAAACUAAGAUUGCUCACUCAAUCAAUUUGCAAUGUGGGGGAUGACGUGGUCUUUCGUGUUCUGUCCUUUUCUUUUUAGCACUACAUCAAAUCCCAGUGCGACAUGCCGACUAUAGCUCAAAUUAUUGCCUUGGUCCUGCCCACAUUUCAUUUGUCUACUAUAGUACGCUUGAUGCUAGGUAUCGCCAUCUUCUGUAGUCGGGCACAACUUUAGGAUGCAGUGGCAUUUCCUCCUCAAAAUGAAUGUGAGCCUGCACCAAUGGGCACGCAUUACACUGACGUCGUGAGCCGGUUGGCUGAUGAUCCUGCUGACUUGCCGAUAACAAGAGGAGGACUAAUUCUUUCGUCUUGCAGGCUGCCACACUUUGGUCGGUCGGAUGUGCCUCUCUUGCCUCCUUAUAAGUUGUGCCCAAAGAUGUCUACCCAUGACACAUUUCAGACACUCUUUUGGACCAUUGCUCAUGUUGCGAGUUCGUCAGCGGAAGCACAUGUACUCAGCUUUGUCACACCUUGUGUUGCCAUGAUUCGUUCUAGCAUUGUAGCAGCGAGCACUAGCUGCCUUCGAAUCCAUGGUUUGCACGACGUCACAUACUGUGAUUUCAUUCGUAAAGGAGCGAUUAGAUGCGAGACAUCGGACGUAAGCUCGCCAGUAGCACUUUGUUCGGCCACACUCUAGUGUUGAUGUACGGCUGAAAAGGUUGUAAUAAAAGUAUUCACCAAGAGUC